AUGCCUCAGAACGGCACGCCAGCGGGGCUUGAACAAGUCUGGAAGCCUUCCUACACUUCGUCCGAUCGCCGGCAGUGUCCAACAACGGCCAUGGGCGGAUGGAACGCAGAGACCGUGAAUGACCCCGAGGCCUUGUACGCACCAGUCGUCCCCGAUGGAGAGAUCCCACGAGAUCUCUCCGCGAUCCGAGACAGCGAGUGGGAUAAGCUGAGAGCAAAGCCAAACCACCGCAUCAUCGCACGUCCUGUCCUCAACCCUCGUUUUGUGGCACAGGAAGAACAGAAGAACGACGCUAGGCUUGAGGCGGCUCUAAUACAGCUUGCUCGCGACUUGGUCCUGCCCUCCGCUCGCCCUCAUGUUCACACAUUCGAACAAGACCGCAAAGCAUUCCGAAUAGGCUCCGAGCAGGCCAACAUCAGCGCGCCUCGAUUCUACCGCAAGGCCUAUCGUCCUCAACAGAGACCCACCACCAAGCCCAACGAGACCUUCACGGUCUUCCCUGACGACAUCAAACAACUGGUGCACGAUAUUGCCACGACUCCACGCAACUCCGCCGACCUGCCUAAGCGCGCUGCGCUUCAAGCGGAGAAGUUCUCAGACCACUUCGAUGCUGGGACUGGGUAUCUGUUGACUUCGUCCCCUCUUUAUGGGCACUAUGGCAACCAGGCUCUGUGUCCGACCGCACUGUGGGAGUAUUUGGUCGGUCGUCAGGUGGGUGCUGGCGCGAAUGUCGCAAAGAGCCCAGAGAAGAAGCAGGAAGAGAGUGAGUAA